AUGUUCCAGGUGUUUGGACUGCUUACAGUUGCUGGGCUUCUGUUUGUGAUAAGAAUUCAUGUCAUGAAACCCUCCACUGCAGUUUCUCCAGGAGAGGAAUACGGGGUUCCCAACACCCACAAAAACGACGACCGAAACACAGAAAGAGACAGAGUGAUUGAGAAGGACAGCAGCAAUGAUUCAUGCAAUUUCCAGCUAGUGGAAAGCCUUCCUUGGGACAUGCCUUAUGGACCAAACAGCAGUGCUGCAAAGCCUUUAUACCAAGCAUGGAUGGAGUUGUUAAAUAUGACCCAGGAAAGCAUUCAUGUGGCUUCUUAUUAUUGGAGCUUGACUGGAGAAGACCUUGGAGUAAAUGACACAUCGUCUAAGCAGGGUGAAGAUGUUCUCAAGAAAUUCAAAAGCCUGCUUCUGAAGAACGUGUCUGUGUUUAUUGCAACAAGCGUGCCAUCUAAGGCUAAACAUUCAACUGAUCUUGAAGUCCUGGAGAAAAGAGGAGCCCACAUAAAAAGGAUUAAUUUUGGACAGCUCACCCAAGGUGUCAUGCACACCAAAUUCUGGAUUGUAGACAUGAAACACGUAUUUCUUGGUAGUGCCAACAUAGACUGGAGAGCCCUGACUCAGGUGAAAGAAGUGGGGGUUUUGAUCAGCAACUGCAGCUGCUUAGCUAAGGAUCUCUGGAAAACCUUCAAAACCUACUGGGAUCUUGGGGAAGCAAACGCCACCAUCCCAUUUCCAUGGCCAAGCAAUUAUUCUACCAAUAUCAACAGCCACAGUCCUUUGGAAGUGCAGUUAAAUGGAACCAGCACUGAAGCUUAUUUUUCUGCUUCUCCUGCUUCCUUUUGUCCAGGGGGUCGCACCUUUGAUCUCGUGGCAGUUCUCGAUGUUCUCUACGAUGCAGAAAAAUUUGUCUAUGUCUCCAUGAUGGAUUAUUUCCCUACAAGCCGCUUCAGACACCCGCCAAGAUACUGGCCACCCAUCGACAAUGCUCUGAGAAGUGUGGCGUUACACCAAAAUAUACACAUACGGCUUUUAAUCAACUGCUGGGUCCAUACUGAUUCUUCCAUGUUUCGUUUCUUGGAGUCACUGAGUGUCCUUAGCGAUCAACAUGCCAACAUCACAAUCGAAGUGAAAAUCUUCACUGUUCCAGUUGGAAAUCACACAAACAUCCCCUUUGCAAGGCUGAAUCACAGCAAAUAUAUGGUGACUGACAAGGCAGUCUAUAUUGGAACUUCUAACUGGUCAGAAGAAUACUUCAGCAUCACUGCAGGUGUGGGACUGGUUGCCAAGCAGUCUUCAACAGACGCCACAAAGAGAAACCCUACAAUACAGGAGCAACUGAGGGCUCUCUUUGAACGAGACUGGAAUUCCAAAUAUUCAGUAAAAAUGGAAGACCUGCCUGGGCAGAAAGACUGUGCUUGGGAAGAUGGAUUUAAAAGUUCUUUCAAAAGCUAAAUUAUUCUUAUUUUUUAUUGCUAAUGGGAAUUCAGUUAUGAGCUUUCUGCAUGUGACAUUUAGGAUCGUUGUGGAUUUGCCAGAUGACGAAUGUUUUAGUUCAGGAUGUCCCAAACCUUGAUCACGGAGUAGUCCCAUUCACAAAUUUCAUUUCUAUGGAAUCGUAUAGCUGGAAGGGAACUUGGAUGUCAUUUAACCCAAUACACUGCUCAGUGCAGGAUCUACAAUGCAGGAUGCAGUGUCCCUGGAAGGUGACCACUUAAAUGCACUCAGUGAAUGAUAGCCUAUUGCCUUGCAAGAAAGUCUGUCCCUAACAGUAAGAGCUAUUUGACAUGGAAGUUUUGCCUAAUGUUUAGCUGAAACAUGCUUCCCUGCAAUUUCUGUUCACUAGUUAUACAGUGGUACCUCUGGUUACGAACUUAAUUUGUUCCGGAGGUCCGUUCUUAAGCCGAAACCGUUCUUAUCCUGAGGCACGCUUUCACUAAUGGGGCCUCCUGCUGCACGUGCGCCUCUGAGGCGCGAUUGCCAUUCAUAUCCUGGGGCAAAGUUCACAACUUCCGGGUUAGCGGAUUUUGUAAGCUGAAGCGUUCAUAACCAGAGGUACCACUGUAGUCAUGUUGUAUAAAGCAACAGGGAACCUGUCUGCUCCAUCUUCUGCACGGCAGUCCUUCAGAUAUUUGAAGACCACUAUAAUGACUCCUCUUAAAUCUUAUCCUCUCCAGGCUAUGCGUAUCUGCAGCUUUGAUCCAAUAUUGUGUAUUGUGGAAUGGCUAGGUUAGAAGAUGUAUUAUAAGAGGGUACAUGAUAAUUGGUCAUCACUUGUCAACACUUGAUCCUUAUCCUUAUUAAUACCUUGACAAUAAAUGCUAUUCUAUGGUGUGGUGUGCCUUUUAGUCUGCACCCUUAAAAUAGUGAUUUCAAGCCAACACACUCAAAAAAAUAAAGCCCAAGAAGGGAAAGUUAAUUUUUUAGUUGUACUGCGCUGAAAUUGUGCAAAUACUCUUUGAUUGUACAAUUUCAAAUUGCAGCCCAGAGAUCAAAAUAGAGUUAUGCAACCGGGCAAUUGUUGCAUUUGCAAAAUUCCACAAGGUGGCAAUGUUUGAGAAAAGUAUGGCCUGCUUUACUCUGCUCCCCCCCCCCCCGCCCAUUAAA